CGGCAGCACAUUCCGCCGCCGUUGCCGCCGCCCGGCCCCGCAGUUGUCUUCGCCGGAGCUGCGGUCGCGGUGGGGUUAGGGCGGGGGGGGCGGGCGGGGAAAGGAGGAGAAGGCCGCGGCGGAGGCAGGUGAGAGGAGGAAGGAAGCGGCGGCCCGGCGGGCAUUGCAGCUCAGGCGGCGGCCCGGUUCCUGGGAGUGUCGGUGCGGCGUGGUGGUUGGGGCGGAUCCCGCGGGGCCCGGGCGGGGGAAGGAGUCACCGGCCCGGCCAUGGCGGACAACGAGAAACUGGACAACCAACGGCUCAAGAAUUUCAAGAACAAAGGCCGCGACUUGGAGACUAUGAGAAGACAACGAAAUGAAGUUGUAGUUGAAUUAAGGAAGAAUAAAAGAGAUGAGCAUCUCUUAAAGAGAAGAAAUGUACCACAUGAAGAUAUCUGUGAAGAUUCUGAUAUAGAUGGCGAUUAUAGAGUGCAAAAUACCUCUCUAGAAGCUAUUGUUCAAAAUGCUUCAAGUGAUAACCAAGGAAUUCAAUUAAGUGCAGUUCAAGCUGCUAGGAAGCUUUUGUCCAGUGAUCGAAAUCCACCAAUUGAUGACUUAAUAAAAUCUGGAAUAUUGCCUAUUUUAGUCCAUUGUCUUGAAAGAGAUGACAAUCCUUCUUUACAGUUUGAAGCUGCAUGGGCUCUGACAAACAUUGCAUCUGGAACCUCGGAACAGACUCAAGCAGUAGUUCAGUCCAAUGCCGUGCCACUUUUCCUGAGGCUUCUACAUUCACCCCAUCAAAAUGUCUGUGAGCAAGCCGUGUGGGCACUGGGAAAUAUCAUAGGUGAUGGACCACAGUGUAGGGAUUAUGUCAUAAGUCUUGGAGUUGUGAAACCUUUACUUUCCUUCAUAAGUCCAUCUAUUCCUAUAACAUUCUUAAGGAAUGUUACUUGGGUAAUGGUCAACUUAUGUCGCCAUAAAGAUCCACCACCCCCAAUGGAAACCAUUCAGGAGAUUCUUCCAGCUCUUUGUGUCUUAAUUCAUCACACGGACGUAAAUAUAUUGGUAGAUACAGUGUGGGCCCUCUCUUACCUUACUGAUGCUGGCAAUGAACAGAUACAGAUGGUAAUAGACUCUGGAAUAGUCCCUCACUUGGUUCCUCUGCUCAGCCACCAGGAAGUUAAAGUUCAGACUGCAGCACUUCGAGCUGUGGGCAACAUUGUUACUGGAACUGAUGAGCAAACACAAGUAGUUUUGAACUGUGAUGCUCUUUCACACUUCCCAGCACUUCUGACACAUCCCAAAGAGAAAAUAAAUAAAGAAGCAGUGUGGUUCCUCUCUAACAUCACCGCAGGAAAUCAGCAGCAGGUUCAGGCAGUAAUUGAUGCCAAUCUUGUACCGAUGAUAAUACACCUUUUGGAUAAGGGAGAUUUUGGCACUCAGAAAGAAGCUGCUUGGGCCAUAAGUAACUUAACAAUUAGUGGGAGGAAAGAUCAAGUGGCCUAUCUAAUUCAACAAAAUGUUAUUCCACCCUUUUGCAACUUGCUGACUGUAAAAGAUGCACAAGUUGUGCAAGUAGUACUUGAUGGACUAAGUAAUAUAUUAAAAAUGGCUGAAGAUGAGGCAGAAACCAUAGCCAAUCUUAUAGAAGAGUGUGGAGGACUGGAGAAAAUUGAACAACUUCAAAAUCAUGAAAAUGAAGACAUCUACAAAUUGGCCUAUGAGAUCAUUGAUCAGUUCUUCUCUUCAGAUGAUAUUGAUGAAGAUCCUAGCCUUGUUCCAGAGGCAAUACAAGGUGGAACAUUUGGUUUCAAUUCAUCUGCCAACGUACCAACAGAAGGGUUCCAGUUUUAGAAAGAUGUUGUGGAAGUUAGGUACAAUGCAGCACUGAGAUAUAUAUAUAUAUAUACAUAUAUAUAAAAAGGUUUGAUCCAUCAAGCUUGGCUCAUGGGAUCUGCUGCUGCAUUAAAUCGGGAAAGAAAAUGUGAAGAUUUCAUUUGGAAUCACAGAAAAUGCCCAAAUGAGGUCAAGAUGGCGAGUGGGUGCGAGUGAGAAUGAGUGGCAAAAUGUAACGAAAACUUUACAUGAAUGCUUAUUUAGGUUGUU